ACCCCCAUGUACUUCUUCCUCCUCAACCUUGCCCUCCUAGAUGUGGGCACUAUUUCCACCACUGUCCCCAAAGCCAUGGCCAACUCCCUCUGGAACACCAGGGCCAUUUCCUAUGCAGAUUGUGCUAUCCAGCUCUUUAUGUUUGUCGCAUUUGUCACAGCAGAGUUUUGUCUUCUCACCAUCAUGGCCUAUGAUCGCUAUGUUGCUAUCUGUAAACCUCUGCACUACGGGACAAUAAUGGACAGCAGAACUUGUGUCUACAUGGCAGCAGCUACCUGGGGCAGUACUUUUCUCUAUGCUGUGCUGCACACUGCCAAUACCUUUACCCUCCCCCUUUGCCAAGGUAAUGCCCUGGACCAGUUCUUUUGUGAAAUUCCACAGAUCCUCAAGCUCUCCUGCUCUGAUGCUUACCUCAGAGAAGUUGCGUUCAUCAUCUUUUGCUUUUGUUCAGGUGUUGCAUGUUUUGCUUUCCUUGUGCUGUCCUAUGUGCAGAUCUUCAGGGCUCUGCUGAGGAUCCCCUCAGAGCAGGGACGGCACAAAGCCUUUUCCACAUGCCUCCCUCACCUGGCUGUUGUCUCCCUGUUCAUCAGCAAUAUCAUGUUUGCCUAUUUGAAGCCCCUCUCCAUCUCUUCCUCCUCCCUGAAUCUUUUGCUGGCAGUUCUGUACUCGGUGGUGCCUCCAGCAGUGAACCCCCUCAUCUAUAGCAUGAGGAACAAGGAGCUUAAGAAUGCUGUUAGGAAACUCAUUUGGGGGAUGUUUUUCAGUACUCAGAAAGUUUCUUUUACUCUCCACAAAUGA